GUGACUUUGAUGAUUUUUGUGAACGCGCAUCAGAACUUAUUGAUCAAUCAAAUGGUGCCCCGUUAUUUACCAUAGCGGAGAUCUGCAGCUCCCCCAAGCUAGGCUGUAAGCAUGCUGCAUUUAGAGACAACGAUUCUUCCGAGACUCACGAUUAUGAUAAUCAGCUGGUGACUGGUGAAUCAGUGGAUUGUUCCCAGGAAGAUGACGACUGGCAGCUUCUAUGA